AUGGCUGUGGGCGCAGUGGAUCCCAGAGAGAUCCUGAAGGGUGUGGAGAACCUGCUUGGUAAGGAGGGAGAACUCCGUAGCCCGGAUGGAGUUGUCAAGAUAGUCAGUUUAAUGAAAGCCUCUCAUAAGAUGGUCAGUAGAUGCAUGUACCUGAAUAUCUUGCUCCAGACAAAAUCACAUGACAUUCUCAACAGGUUUAUUAAAAUCGGCGGAUACAAGCUGCUUAAUGCAUGGCUCACUUACUCCAAGACCACCAACAACACCCCUUUGCUGCAGCUCAUCCUGCUCACACUGCAGAAUCUGCCCCUCACUGUGGACCACCUCAAACAGAACAACACUGCCAAACUGGUGAAACAGUUGAGCAAGAGCGGCGAGACUGAAGAGCUGAGGAAACUGGCGUCUGUGCUAGUCGAUGGCUGGAUGGCUAUCAUCCGCUCCCAGAGUGUAGCUUCCUCCAGUGCAUCUAACGCAGGAGACAAGAAGAAGAAGAAAGAGGAAGGGAAAGUUCGAGGUUCCGAGGUAAAACCCGGAGAUACUGGGAAGGUUGCUGAAGAGAAGAAGAGAGAGAAGCCCAAAGCACAUGCCCCAAGCCAUGCCAAGAUUCGAUCGACAGGGUUAGAAGUGGAAACACCUACCCCAGUCCCUUCCAAGAAGCCCCAGAUGACUCCCCAGAUUGGAGACAAGUACAACAUCAAACCACCUCUUCUGAAGAGGCCCAGUGCUCCAGUAGACAACCCCCCUGCAGAGAAGAAAUACAAACCCCUCAACACUACACCCAACUCCACCAAAGAAAUCAAAGUCAAGAUCAUACCUGCUCAGCCCAUGGAGUGCACAGGCUUCCUGGAUGCUCUUAACUCUGCCCCAGUGCCUGGCAUCAAAAUCAAGAAGAAGAAGAAAGCUUUGUCUCCAACAUCAAACAAGUCCUGCCUAUUCGACAGCAAGUCUCAAGCUUAUACUUCAUCUCAAAACAAGGCAUCUUCUCCUGAUGCCCUGGCAUCUCACACUCCUCCGCAUGAGACUACAGACCUGGAGCAGCCAGGAACACCAGUGCCCAGUGAUGAUACAGAAGCCAUGGAUACAGGAGAGAAACCCAAUGCUUUGUCAGAGCCCCGUGGUGAAGAAGAGAGUCAGCUCACCAAAAAAGGGAAGAAGAAAAAGAGUGUGCACUGGGCAGAGGAGGACCAGCUCAAGGAGUAUUUCUACUUUGAUUUGGACGAGACGGAAAGAGUGAACGUCAACAAAAUCAAGGACUUUGGUGAGGCAGCAAGACGGGAGCUCAUGAUGGACAGGCAAACAUUCGAGAAGGCCCGCAGGCUGUCCCAUGACACCAUGGAAGAGCGUAUUCCCUGGGUGCCUCCCCAGCCCCUCACCCUUUCUGGCUCCCUGAUCAUCCCAGGGUCUAACAGCAAAGAGAAGUUUUUCCAGAGGGACCGAGAGAUGGGCAUUCUGCAGGAGAUCUUCCUGAGCAAAGAGAGUGUCCCCGACACCCCUCAUGAGCCAGACCCAGAACCCUACGAGCCUAUGACCCCACGACUCAUACCACUGGAUGAGGACUCCUCCUCUAUGGAUGAGAGCUACAUGGAGCCCAUGGACACCACCCCAGCACUCUCAAAUGGUACCCCCUCCGAGGGCUCCAAAUUGCCACCUGUGCUGGCCCACCUGAUGGACAAACUUGGGAACAGCGGUCGCAGCCCUCAGACUCAGGCCUCUUCUGGCAACGCCGGCUCCCCCUCUGUCAAUGUGCAGGAAUUGCUAACCUCUAUCAUGGGUGCCCAAAACAAUCAGUCUGCAGAGGACCUGAUCAAGCAGCCUGAUUUCUCUGACAAGAUAAAGCAGCUGCUAGGCUCUCUACAGCACACACAGAAUCAGUCCCAACCCAAUGGACCCCCGCCAGUGAGCACAGGCUUGCUAGGCCACAGCCCCAACGUGAACAUGAACUCUAACGUGAACAUGAACUCCAACAUGAACAUGCAGAUGCCGAUGAACGGCGGCUAUCCUCCUAACAAGCCCCCCUCAGGCCCUCACUUCAACCACCCGCCUCCCCCUCACGGCCAUGGGCCGCACUUCAAUCAGGGCGGCGGCCCCAGGAUGAUGGGUCCACCCCCUCCUCCUCACCGAGGCGGAGACUCGGGUGGUUACUGGGAGGAGCCCAUGAGAGGAGGUCCACAUCGUGGUGGAGGCCAUUAUCACCGUGGCCGCGGGGGCCGGGGCGGUGACCAGGGCUACAGAGGCCGUGGGGGACGUGGAGGUGGUGGACCUCCCCGAGGUGGGGGCCACAACAACUCACACAUGGGAGACAUGUCCAACCGUCCUGUGUGUCGGCACUUCAUGAUGAAAGGAAACUGCCGUUACGAGAACAACUGCGCUUUUUACCACCCUGGUGUGAACGGACCACCCUUGCCCUAGAGUGCUGGCGAGGAUCCCAGAUCUCCUACCUGCACCGUUCCUGCCAUGGAAUGGAUAGACUGAAGUGGGAGGUUCGUGGCCUCUGGCCACAACGCCCCUCGCCACUUAGGGGUGGACCAACACCAUCCCUUGGUUGGGCAUUGUGCGUUUCUGCCCUUCAGUGGACUAUUGAGGACAGACGUGAGAUUAGACACUUGACCCAGGAUUUUGCACAUCACCUACCAGUCUCUGGAUGAAAAUGACAAUGACGUGCAUUUGAAAACUGCGGUGCGGCGGUCGGAAAAUACGACAGUGGAGGAGGGUGAAGUUUAGCUUUCCUACAGCUUUAACAAAAGACAAUUUCAUUUAAAAUUAUUCAAGUGCUGCUUUGAUAUUGGUGACCUACAACCCAGUAGGGGACUGAUCACUGGUUCCACUCUUUCCUGUAAACGAAAGGUUACUUUUUGCACUAGUGACUAAAAGACCCCCC